AAUGAUGAUAGUGUACAUUUAACUCCACCUAAAUUUUUCUACAGGUUUCGUGGGUAAGACAUGAAGAUAUCCACGUGCUUACUGUCGGCCGCCUUACCUUCACGAACGACGACAGAUUCGUGGCCAUGAACAAGCCUGGCUCUGACGUGUGGUCGUUAAGGAUCAAAUUCCCCCAACUGAAGGACAGCGGGAGAUAUGAAUGUCAGGUGUCCACCCGGCCGCUGCGAUCGAAGGUUAUCACGCUCAAUGUGGUUGAACCUCAGGCCAUCAUACCCCCCGCCCCAGAACUCUACGUGGAUUUCGGCUCCCCCCUCAACAUCACGUGCGUCAUACCAGACAGCCCAGAGCCACCGGAACACCUCUUCUGGUAUCACAGGGACAAGAUGGUCUCCUGGGACGGGUCGAGGGAGGGCGUCACGAUCACCACCAACAGAGGCAGAGUCACCACCAGCACUCUGUUUAUCCCUGACGUAACAGCUCAGGACUCCGGCGUUUACAUUUGCGCUCCGCAGGGUAUGAAGGAAGCUUCGGUUACCGUGAGCGUUCUCAAUGGCGAACGCACGCAAGCAAUGCAAACGGGGUCUACCUGCAGGGGCUGCGUCGGGUCCUUCCUGCUGCUUCUCCUGAGCGCUUUCUAUCACCUGCUGGGGUGAUGGCACCUCCCAGACCCGCCGUCAGCACCACACCGUGGCUUAUCACCCUCUGGGGUCGAAUGAAACCCUUGGUUACGCCACUAUCACCACCACACCUUGCCUUUUACGCUCUCUUCACUCUUAGGAAGAAUGAGAGAGAUGGACACUGGAGAGAAGGGAGAGAAAUGAAGAGGCUUUUUUCCAUUUCUUAGGCCUAGUUUUGUAGAGAGAAAAUAACAAACACGUGUUUUCAUCCAAACUGGAAGCCUCUGCAGCCACAGCCGUUGAUUGGCUGCUCCGGACAAUCGACAAGAUAUUCUUCUCAACUUUUAACAGUUUGCGUGGGCACCUGGUGAUGCCGAAUGGUCCGUUUUAUACUUUUGAUUUAAUGUUAGACGGUUUGUAGGCUGAGUAUGUGCAUCACUAUCGCUUCGGGACACCAGUGGUAUUCACAUGGUAUAAGUUGAAGGGACAGAAAAAAAGCCGAGUGAGGAGGAAGAGACAAAGGAAGAAGAAG